AUGGACGUUUUACAAGAACAAGACUCAUUAAAUCAACUUGAUUGGGAAUCUAUUCUCCAUGAUUUACCCGAGCUUGAAGCCGCCGAUUUUUUUCAGGAUGAAAUUAAUCCUCCUGAUUCCGUUGCAGACACUCCCUCGCCAAAUUCAUAUCUGUCGGAGAUUGAGAACUUGCUCAUGACAGAUUUCGACAACGGAGAAGGAAUUGCGUCGCCGGACUCCGACUAUGAUCAGCUUCUGGAGGAGAUUCUCGUUCAGCCGCUCCCUCAAUCGGAGGAAAGUUUGACUCCUUCUGAUAAAGACAGAGUUGAUCCAUUAACCCCCGAAGAGGUUCCUCAUGAACCCGUGUCAAAGAAGCAAAUAAGGCAGAUGAGGAACAGGGAUGCUGCUGUGAAAUCAAGAGAGAGGAAGAAGAUGUAUGUAAAAAACCUUGAGAGCAAGAGUAGGUAUUUUGAAGGGGAAUACAGAAGACUGGAGCAUUUGCUCCAGUGCUGUUAUGCUGAGAACCAUGCUUUGCGCCUAUGUUUGCAAUCGCGUGGUGCAUUUGGUGCUUCCAUGACCAUGCAGGAGUCUGCUGUGCUCUUGUUGGAAUCCCUGCUGCUGGGUUCCCUGCUAUGGUUCAUGGGCAUCAUGUGCCAACUCAGUCUACCCCUUUUACUGUGGCUAACGGUGUUACCUCCAAGAGAAAACAUGAAACACAAAGGUCUAAGAAGGGUGGCUCUAAAAAGGCCAAGUAGUAAUAUAAAGUAUUUCCUGACUCAGUCGUUUGUAAAGAGUAGAAGAUGCCAAGCUUCAAGAACAAAAAUGAAAGAUGAUUUUAUCGUGUUGUAA